AUGGACUUUCCCGGAGGCGCAACGACCAAUGUUCACUUAAUUGGUGGUUUCUCCACCAUUUACUGGAGGAUCUAUACUGAGGAGUCUGGCAUUACCAGUAAUCCACAAGAGGGACCGACAAACGGCUAUACUAUUUUAAAACACCUCGGUCGUCUUAAGCACCUCGAGGCACUUUUGAGAAACAUAGGCUGCUUGGCGUCUUGUCCUCGGCGACUUGGUCUCUGGGUGUUUUCCCCUACUCCAGUAUUUGGAAAUCUGUCUCCUGUAUACAUCAAAGAGGGCGACUUGCAGACAACAAAGAUCUCCGUCGACACGACGACUCUCAAAGUUUCGGCAUCUGGGAGCAUCAAAUGCUCGGAGCUGAUCAAAGGUCUAUCAGCGGAAGGUCAAUCCCAACAGACCUCGCAGUCCGCUCCACAGCGGACACCGCAGGGUCAGAGCUCUGCCCGUCGGCCUGAUGGAUAUAGUAGCUCUGUUGCUAUAUACGCUGCAUUCAUUGCAGCCGUCACUGGGGCAUUAAGUCUACAUCUUGUUCACAAGCAUGGUGCCCUGCCUAUCGGCUCACGCACACUCUUCACACCCGUCAGUCAUUUCGGAUACGAGGAUGCCAGGAUUGAUAGCGAGGGGUUAUUCUCAUCCUCAAACUUGACCACCCUGAACGUGCAGCUGAACGGUCCGGGAACAGUGACUGUAUCCUUACAAACAACUGACCAACCUGGCAUCGCACGUCUGUUCGGUCCUGGCGACGACAUAAAAGAUCUAUCACGGGUAUCACCUGGUACUGACAUUUGGCUUUGUCCAAACGGCGCUAUUGCGAGGCUUGCUGCCACAGAUGAGAAACCGCCGAAUCUUCCCUCGCCUGGGCUCAACAUAUCAGGCGAGUCUGUCGCCAAAAGAAGGCAAUGGAAACUAGAUGUCAUCCAAUGGCUGAAGAAUUUUGGUCUUCAUGUCGGGACGACUGAGGACGAGCAGUGGGUGGAAGUCGAGGUUUGGGAGCCCUUUUUUGCCAGACUUGCAGGAGAGACCGCACGCCAAGGAGAUGAAGGCCAGGCCGCGCUUCCUUUGAAAAGGAUGUUUUGGCCGGCUCGAUUUUGCUUCCGGAGGCGUAUCUCGACAGAUGAAUCUUUCAACUCCGAGGCUUCUCUGGCAGAUCCUUUGGAAUUUGCGGAGACUUGGCUAUCCACCGCAGCUGGUUUAACGAGUCAAAUCACCAGCCAGGACGUACCGGCAAUCGAGCCUCCUUCGAAGAAUGAAGAGAUAUCCCCUCGAAUUGACGCUGGCGAUAAUUUCGAGAGCUUAUCUCGCAUGACCCAGUAUCCCGAAUUUUCCAGUGCUAAUCUCGUCUACCCAACGCCCCCUGAAGGUGGCCCUGGACAUGCAGUGCCCAAUACUGCAGCUCAUGGGGUUUCUCCGAACGAUGUGAAUCUCCUCUCUCCAGAAUUACCUGCCGAAUCGAAAGCUCAGAAAGUCCCCGAACUUCCACCAAAGAGUGCCGUUGGCAGCGGUCGUUAUGAUGCCAUCGACAAUGACGAUCUUUUCGGCGAGAUGAAUGACAAAGACUUCGGAUCAAAGGGCGUCACCGACGCGGAUUUCAGCUUUUUCGAUGAACCUGAAGCUGAAGACAUGAUUGAUACAAUGGUCGUCAAUCAGCCUCAGAACUUGGCCCAAGUGCCUACCACUUUGUCCCCAAGUCACGACAAGGGGGGUUUAAAUGUCGUUUCUCCCGCGCCCGUGCCCAACGACGUCUCGGUUCCGGAUGAGGUGAAACCAGACCCUCAGCCGAUUACCUCAACUGUGACAGAAAACAAAGCCUCGUCCAAGGAUCAAAUUGGGCAAGGAGCAUCGUCCUCAGCAUCCCCACGUCCAUCCUGUCAGACGAUCAGCCCUCCUUUGAGUCCCGUGGAUAUCAGGAAAAUCCUGUUUUCUGGAUCGCGACCAAAUCCAGAAAAAGGGAACGAGCACACAUCACCGCAGAAAGGUAACUACCAGGCCGUGGACUUCGAAAAGAAAUUGGGUAGCCGGGAUCAAAAGUAUGGAAACAUGGGAAAGUUUUGGUUUUCGGCGGGAAAGUCAGGGAAUCUUGCGGCCGAAAACACCUCUAUGAUCCCCACUGUUGGCGUCCCUAAUGCUCCUCGAAACGACUCUGCUGCCAAAUAUGGUCAAUACCGCGAAAGCAAGGUCGCCAAAACGGUUGGAGGGGAUUCUUCGGACUCCACAGAUGAAGGCAGUGACGAUGAUGAAAAUAAUGAUGUGAAAAAAUUGGACUUCUUGCCCGCCUUGGAGAACCACCAGCAACUGAAGCGAAAACGUGUUUCGUCAGAUGCGGACAUGCAAUCUGUGGGCUCUCCAGCAUCAACAGCCAUCCUUCCAAACGCCGGCGUCGGGCACAAGGGUGAGAACACCACAUUUUUGGGAAAUUUCCUGUCCAAUUUCUCCGAUUGGAAUUACACCGGGUACUUCUCUAUUUCACAAAGUCGUCAGUUGCCAGUCCUUCUGAGACGCGAGGAGCAGAUCCCAAUUGCCCAGCUACUUGCGGACCAAAUAACACAAUCAUCUUUGAGACACACGCUCUGUGAACAAGCGGAUUUGUUCACUCUUGGGGGCGCAGGCCCUUCAUUAUCUGAGUAUCUCGAGGAUGUGUCCUUCCUGGGAGAUAUCCAAAGACUGAAUUUAAAGGGGUACAGCUCUUUACACGAAGACGUAAUGCAGGGAUCGUCCUAUGCCCAGAUGACUGCGAAGGACCCGGGCAGGGGUUCGAUAUUCAAAUUAUCAGCUCCGCAUCUUCGCGUACGCCGUGGAAAAGGCUGGCUGGAAGCUCUACCUCCUGCCAUGUCCUUUUGGGAUACUUUCGGACUAGCACCGGCACAUGGUUCUAAGGACGUCACUGCUUACUGUGUAUUUCCUGGCGUCGUGCGUCAAGCGGCCGAUGUCUUCCUGGAACGACUAGGUCAGUCGUAUGAAAAUUGUCACUUUGGAGCCCAUUCUCGUGGCGACAGCUCUCUGGGCGACGAUCAUGGCCUCAAGGCAUGGGGCAAUGGAUCUUCAGAUUAUUCUGCCAUGAUGCAGUCUCUUCUUGCAAUUUGCGACAACAUGGCUUCCGAACUCACGAAAGGUACUGUCUCGAUUAAUUCAAAUAUCGUGCUCUACAUUGUCAAUCCAUUCUCCUGUGCGGCAGCUCUCGCGGACAUCUGCGCGGCCUUCUGGAAUCUCUUUCAACAGAUCGCUGCUAGUGUAGGGCGAUCGCACGAGAGGCGAGUCAAUGAAGUGGUACUCCAGAUUGUCCCAAUCGACUUCAUUACCCAACGUGACUCCAUGGCCGUGGCAACCCAAAGUGACUACGUGAAUCUCGCUCUCGAAAUUUAUAACCGAUGUCGUCCUCCGAACGCCGAGUCCUGCCCGUUUCAAUUUUCCCCAGCGAUUUUGCUUACAGAAAACCUACCCAAGUCGAUCAAUUUUCGGCUGGCGUCUGACAAAGUCUCGCCAUUACAAGAUGGCCGCAGUCUCCACAUUGCGUACUCCAAGAGCUGUGAUCAGCGAUGGGUGUCCGUUGCGUGGUGUGAUGGGACAGGUUCUCUCCAGACGACUAUGGCUUACUGUUUGCGAUAUCGUACUCGAGGCUCUGCCCGCGCCACGUCAGAAGUACGAAACGAAGUUUGGGCCACCACCAAGCACGUGCUGGAUAAAUUCCAGGGACGAUGGAAGGUAGUACUAGCCAGUACCGACCCGAUGGAGUCGGAAGAGAUUGAGGCUUGGGCGAACUUGGCGGAUCAGCAAAACAAAAUGCGACCACAUUCCCUCGAUUUCACCAUUGUGUCCGUCAAUACUAUGCCCGACCUCUCUCUUGACAUUCCAUUCUCUGGCAUGACCGCGGGUCUUCUGAAUAGCCAAUUCUCCUCGACUCCCGUUUCGACACCGAACCUGAACACUAGCAUGGCCUCACCUGACCAGGUGUGGAAUGCGCCGACGCCUCAUGCCGCGUUCAAUCCGUCCACGCCUACAGAUCCUUCACUUGAGCCCGAAUCUGAUGUCGUCCUUGCAGACGUAUGCGACGAUUCCUGGGCCGUCAUCUUAUCUCACCGUUUAAAUAUCUCCCCUCACAUCACAGAACUCCGUCCCGCACUGGCCAGCGGAUAUCUCCUACGACGUAAGGGUGUAUCUGACAGCGAUGGAGUUUUCUCUUUAACGGUCAAUAUCCUCUUCUCUCAACGGCCCGCCGGCUCGCACGAGGCCCUGCUUGGCGAUGUUCUCGCCAUGUACCGUGACCUGGCGUCCUUAGCCCGUGCUCGCGGCAUGCGAAGUGUACGGGAAAACACGCUUCCAUGGCAUAUCGCCACUGCUUUUCGGUCGCAAGAGCUACUCAGCUACAUAUUCUGA